AAUCACCUAUCUAGAGCAGUAGACAGCGAUUUGACCAAAGAGAAACUAGAAACCAUGCUGCUGAAGCUACUGAUCGCCGUGCUUUGCUUCGGUUUCGCCGUUCACGCAAAUACAAAUGUAACUGCUCCAAGGGUCAAAACACCUUUGGGAGGACUGAAAGGUUACUACAAGGUCUCACAAAAUGGUAGAAAAUACGAGGCAUACGAAGGGAUCCCUUAUGCAUUACCACCUAUUGGGAAACUACGAUUUAAGCCUCCUCGGCCAAUACCGGCAUGGACUGGUGAAUUAUCGGCUACAAAAUUCGGUUCUGAGUGUAUUCAAUAUGAUCAUGUACAUUUUUCGGAGAAGGUUGUGGGUGCCGAAGAUUGUUUGUAUUUAAACGUUUACGUGCCAAUACAGGAGAAAAGUAAAAUCCCAAUGCCAGUAUUAUUUUGGAUCCAUGGCGGGGCAUUCCAAUUUGGUAGCGGCAUGUUUUAUAGCGCCAAAUAUCUAAUGGACUCCGAUGUUAUACUUGUCACUAUUAAUUAUCGGCUGGGACCAAUGGGUUUCCUGAGCACGGAAGACGAAGUAGUUCCUGGCAACAUGGGUCUAAAAGAUCAAAGUAUGGCACUUCGUUGGGUAUCAGAGAAUAUCGAAUGGUUCGGUGGCGACCCGAAGAAAGUGACUUUGGUUGGAUUGAGUGCUGGUGGUGCAAGUGUGCAUUAUCAUUAUUUAUCGCAAAUGAGCGCUGGACUUUUCCGAGGUGGUAUAUCAUUCAGCGGUACAGCGUUUAAUUGUUGGACACAAGCUGAGAACUCUUCAGAGAAAGCCAAGAAAUUAAGUGCUUUGAUGGGAUGUCCUACAACUACCUCUAGAGAGAUGAUACGUUGCUUGAGAUAUCGUCCAGCUCGCGCGAUGGUUCAAGCUACAAGUGAAUUUAUGACGUUCUUUUAUAAUCCCUUUACUCCUUAUGGUCCAGUAGUUGAGAAAUUUGGUGACGAAGCACCCUUUAUUGACAAAACACCUGUUGAAAUCAUUAAUAGUGGCAAUGUUCAAGAUAUACCCUGGGUUACGGGAGUAACAAGCGAAGAAGGUCUCUAUCCCGUAGCUGAGUUCAUAUCUGAUGAUGAAAGUCUGAAACAGUUAAAUGAUAAUUGGGAUAUUCUUGCACCGAAUUUUCUUGAUUUUAACUACACCAUUCCCAAAGAGAAGCAUGCCGAGGUUGCUCGUCUUAUUAAAAAACAUUACUUUGGUACAAAAUCAAUAGACCGACAAAGUGUGAAAGAACUGAUACAAAUGGCGAGUGAUCGCUUAUUUGUAGUUGAUGGCGAAAAGGCUGCGCGAAUGCAAGCUAAAGUAAAUCAGAAUCCAGUUUGGUUCCAUUAUUUUUGUUACAGAGGAGAACAAAGUUUAAGUGAUUCUUUUACCGGUACAACAGUGAAUUAUGGAGUCUCUCACGGCGAUGAUAUAUUCUAUGUAUUAGAUACUAAAUGGGUUAAUCCAACAACAACACAAAAGGACCGUGAUAUGCAGAAACGUUUAAUCGACUUUUGGGUAUUGUUCGCUACAGAGGGAAUUCCGAAAGUAGCCAAUGUGGAAUGGUCAAAAUUAGAUUCUUCAAAGAAAGAACUUCAUUACUUGCAUAUAGCAAGUCCUGAUAAAAUUAACAUGGAUAGCAAUGCUAAUCUUGGAGAAAAAGAAUUCUGGAAUUCGAUUGAUUUCAAUGAGAACGUAUUAAAAUACACAGCUAGAAUCGAUAAAGAUGAGCUUUAAGAAGUAUUGCAA